ACUGACCAAAAAAACUGUGAAAUGUUUUAGCACUUUAAAAUUCUGCCUAAAUGGGAGUACUUUCAGCACAUAAGGUUACAGUACUUCAUGCUGCAAGAAAGAGAAAAUGUACAGUACCAUCAUGUCCUAUACAGAAUUACUAGUGAAUCUUUGAUGCUUUGGGGAAGGAACAGAAAAUCUGUUUUGCAAUGCAUGACUCAGCUAUCUCAAAUCUGUACUGUUGAUACCCUGCGGUCUGAAUUCAGGAGAGAAAUGUACAUGCACAAACCAAAUGAGAUAAAGGAGUUUCGAAUAUUUUGCAUGUACAACAACUGUCCUUGACAUUACAGGAAGUAUACUCAUUACUGUUAUUUUCUCUAGGGGGGGCAUCAUUUUGAAACCUGUUUUGUUGCAGAAACAAAUUCAUUACUCAUGAAUUUUUUUGUGUGAUUGAAAAACAGUAUUCUGUUUUAACAAAACAGCAUUCUCAUGUGUUUAAGCUCAAAAUAUAACUUAUCCAUUGUCUGUAGCCCAGGGCUCCAGGAUGAAAGGAGACACCCAAAUUAAUUAAAGCCUUUGAAUAAAUGUUUAGGUUUUCAGUCCAGUGAUUGGAAGAUUUUCAAAGAAAUAUUGCCACUUGCUUGUCCAAGUUUAAUACUUUGUUGAAAUACACUAUAUGGACAAAUGUUUGUGGACACCUGACCAUCACACUCUUAUAAGCUGAACAUCCCAUUCCAGAUUUAGUCCCCCCUUUACUGUUAUAAUAACCUCCAUUCUUCUGGGAAGGCUUUCCACUAGAAUUUGGAACGUGGCUGUGGGGAUUUGUGUUCAUUCAGCCACAAAAGCAUUAGUGAGGUGUUGGAUGAGGAGUGUCCUGUGCAGGACACUCAAGUUCUUCCACUCCAACCUUGGCAAACCAUGUCUUCAUGGACCUCGCUUUGUGCACAGGGUCAUCGUCAUGCUGGAACAUAAUUGGGCCUCUUAGUUCCAGUGAAGGGAAAUUGUAAUGCUACAGCAUACAAAGACAUCCUACACAGUUGUGUGCUUUCAACUUUGUGGCAACAGUUUAGCUAAGGCGUCAUGUUGGUGUGAUGGUCAGAUGUCCACAUACUUUUGACCAUAUUGUGUAGGUGCUUUAAUUUGUUUAGUUGUACUUUGGCUUUUAUUUAUUGCUUUUUUUUUAAUGUCACAUAGGGUAUUGAUAUUUGCUAGGUUAUAAUAUUGGAAAUCAGAAAAUCGUAGUGGAGUGCAAAAAAAAAAAAAAACUUUGGACGGUGGAUUUUUCAAGGACCUACCUUCGUAUUAUAUUUUAUGCAUUUCAUUUGGACUAGCUUUAAUGUAUCUUUUGUUCUAUGGGCCACAUUAAUGUCUAAUAACAAUCCAUAUUCCAGUGUGUUGUGUUGCCACAUAGAAGUUUUAUCGUGUCUCUUUUAACUGCAGUACCAUUAGUUUCAUAUUCAUACUUUCGGGUAUUUCUGGUCAGUAACACAUGAAUGUCUAUAAAUAGACAACAUUUGAAUGUGACAUUAAAGGAGAACUCACUGAGUUAGUAACUGUAGUACUGAAACCUAAAAAAAAAAACAAAGUGUGAAUCAUUGUCAACUGCCUGGUUUCUGCAGCAUCCUUCUCUAUAGGAAAUGAAAUGUGAACCAGUCUAACCAACUACUCCACACACAGACAAACUGAUUAGCUGAGUUUUCAGAUGAAAAGAAUGUACUCUUACAUAUGAUAAGUGUAGUAAUGUAAUGGAUUUUUUUAAAGUAAUUAUAAUUAUAAUUCAUUGAUACUGAUGUAAAAUAGUAAUCAGAUACAAUUAAUGUAUAAGAGUGGCUGGGUGGCUGGGAUCAUGACAUUAUAGUAGCUCUUUUUAUGUGUUACUCAAGGCACCUGCUUCUGCAAACCCAAUUUCCUGUUAAGUGGGUUGUCUUAAUGCAUAAUUCAGGAAAAAAAGGUCACAGCUCCAGCAUGCACGCUAGCUGAAUGCAUGUGCAGAAAUUACAGGAAGCCUUCAAGAAGCGGUUGCUAUUCAUAGAGCUGUACAAUGGCGAGAAACACAACAAAUAGCUGCUGGACAAUUAACUAUGAUUUUCCAAAAAUCUUCUUAACAAUUGUAUAUUUUACCGUUUUUAUUUUUGGACUUCUUGGUAACUGCUGGGGCCUAAAAUCUAUUUUUGCAAACUGGAGGAAGUUGGGAAACAUUAAUAUAUUUGCUUUAAACUUAUGCAUUGCUGAUAUUUUGUACGUGCUUACCUUGCCAUUUCUGAUUACCUAUCAAGUGCAGAAACAAAACUGGAUCUUUGGACAGCCUUUCUGCAAGAUAACAAGAUUGCUGUUCAACGUCAAUCUCUAUGGGAGUAUUGGAUUUCUCACAUGCAUCAGUGUGUACAGAUAUCUGGGCAUUGUGCACACUCUGAAGGUGAAAGGCAGGAUAAAAGCGCGCCACUCUGUAGGAAUAGCCGCACUGGUCUGGAUUGUGGUGUUGCUUCAAUGUCUGCCUGAUGUGUCUUUUGAUAAAACAUUGUCAAAUAGAACCAAAUGCUACGACACGACUGCAGACCAUAGCAUGGAGAAAUACUUGAGGUACAGCAUUACACAGACAGUUAUUGGAUUUGUAAUCCCUUUGGUGUUAAUUGUGUGCUGCUAUGGGCACAUUGCUGUGAUUCUAGCCACUAAGAAAGACAUCGGAGAUGCCACACUGAAGUUGAAGUGCCUCAGGCUGGUGGUGAUCCUGGCUGUGCUCUUUUCCAUAUGCUUCAUCCCCAUCCACAUCUUCAGAAAUCUGAACCUGAUGACUCGCAUCUCAAAAAAAGUAAAUCACACCUGUAAGACAUGGUAUCCCAGCAUAUACAUCGCCAAAAUUAUCAGCGAUGGGCUAGCAUGCCUGAACAGUGCCAUUAACCCACUAGUAUAUCUGCUGAACAGUGAUAAACUGCUGAAGAGUUUUAAUUUCAGGCGAAACCAAGAAGAAGGUUCAUGUUCGCCAGAACUCUCACCUGUGAGACCAACAAAGGAGCAAAGUAAUCUUACAUAUCUAAACAGAACUCUCUGAAUCAACAUCUUGGAUGAUGCCUGGAUAUGGAUCAUUGUCAUACUGUUCAACAAACCAUUUACCAGUCAGUCCCUCAUUGACAUCAAUGUGCUGUUAAUGUGUGUGAUAUAUACAAUUGUACUUGAAUUUGUCUAUACAGCAACAUUCUGAGUUAUAAGGACAUUCGCAGUAAAGACCUUUUCAGUGUUUUUGUGAAUAAAUAACAAAUAGCAUGGUCUGCUA